UCCAAAAACUACUUUUUUAUGUAAAAAAAAAGUUUUUUUUUCUGAAAAAAGGUUUCUUUAUAGAGACAGUAUCAUUGCUCCACAAACGCAAUCUGAUCAGUUGAGAGAGAGAGAGAACAAAAAAAAAAAAGGAGAUCACUUUGAUUUGUUCAUCAUUGCAUCAAAAAAAAAAAAAAACAAAUGGGUUCCUCUUUUGUUCUGGUAACACUCAUCACCACCACCAUCUCUCUCUCGCUGCCAUCUCUCUCUCAUUCUUCUUCUCCGACAGCCAUCCCGUCUUCCCCGACGAUCUCUCCCUUCGAGCAACUCUCCCCGGAGAUCGCGCCUCUCCUCCCUUCACCCGGCGGGGCUCAUCCCUCCGCCGACGGCUCCUCCGCUGUUCCGACCAUCCCCUCCUCCCCCAGCCCUCCGGACCCCGACACCGACCUCGCCGACCCCGAUCCCGCCUUCGCCCCCGCUGCUUCUCCGCCGGCUUCUUCUCCUGCUCCGCCGCGUCGAGUCACCGGAGCUGUCUCCGCCGCCGCCGCCGCGUUGUUUUUCUGCACUCAGCUUCUUGGCGCUUCGGUGUUAUGAUGAUGAUGAUGACGAUGUUGAUCUAUAUAUAGAGAUGAUGUAUGUAUGUAUGUAUCUCCCCCUCUGUCAUAUUGUUUUUCAUCAUGAGUUUUGUUCCAAAACUAAAUAAUUUUUCUUUGAUUUUCAAUCAGUAAUUUUCUUUGUAUUACGCUCC